AUGGCAUCCAAUAGAGAGCAAGAAAAGGUCCAGAACACCGAUCAUCAUCUUCCAUUGAACGAGAAUGACUCUCAGGACAUGUUCAUCUUCCACGUCUUGAACGAAGCCAACAACGCUCAUCAUCAUGCCCUGCAAACCAAUAACUACCGUCACCAGUUGCAAUUACCCCCGAGAAACCAAACCGCCGCGCUCCAACCAGCCAGGACCAUCGGGAAGAAGCAUUACAGAGGCGUCAGGCGUCGUCCCUGGGGAAAAUUUGCGGCCGAGAUCCGUGACUCGACUCGACAAGGGGUUCGGGUUUGGCUCGGGACAUUCGAAACAGCUGAAGAAGCUGCUCUGGCUUACGACAGGGCGGCUUUUAGGAUGCGUGGUUCCAAGGCUUUACUCAAUUUUCCGGCUGAAAUCAUGGCGGCGGCGGCGUCGGUUCAACGAAUAAGACCAAAUUUAAGCUCCAAAAGCAUGGAGAGAGCAACCCUUGAUUCAGGAAGUAGCUCCAGCAUGAUUUCAUUUGGGACAUCGAAAUCAGAGUCAGAGAGCAGCACAAAAGGGGAGUCCCAUAAUAAAGGCUCAGAAUCAGAUAACUUGAACAACACAAGGUCUUGA